AUGGCAAGCACCAAGGCUGACGAGCUGCAUAGACAGCUUGUCAGUACGCUUGGUGAUGCACAGAAGUGCCACCACAAGCUUGUGGUGUUGUCAGACUCGCUUCCGGGGCGGGCGCAGGCUCUGGUCAAGGCUGUGGCCGCGGUGGUGAGCGAGGGACAUGCUGGUGAGGCGUCGUCGUCAGCGGCGCCGACGCUGCCGUCCAUCUCCGAGUCUGCGGUGCUGACACUGCCUGAGAGUGGACGAGGCCGCAACCGACACCGGCGGAUGGGAUCGAACAUGUCGAACAUGUCCGACGCGUCGACAGGUUCUGCAGCCGUCACCGUCAUUGACCGCAACGAGGACGCGAUAUCCGAGUCGUCGUCACGGUCAGCGACCGGCUCGAUCGCCUCUAUCAGCCACGAGCAUGUGAAGCGAACGACGCCAGCACUGCUCAAGCGGUGCCGGCACGGCAUCAAGCACGCACUCAAGGGGAGGCUGACGGGCCAAACCAAGAAGAUCCUGAGCAGAGCAGAGUCGCUGAUCAGCCGGGCGCGGACUGGGCUCAAGCUCUCCAACGGCGGCAUUGAGUAUCUGGAACCGAUGUUGCCGGAGCUGCUGGCGUUUGUGGAGGAGAUGGACCUCUCGCGCAACACGCUGACGACGCUACCGACCAGCAUCGAUGCGCUGACCAAUUUGACCAAGCUGAGCCUUGCGUUCAACGCACUGACAGCGCUGCCGGACGAACUGACAAGGCUGCCACAUCUGCAAUGGCUGUACCUUCGGGCCAACCGACUCACGGGGCUCCCGGACGAUAUUGGGCGGAUGACCUCGCUGCUGGGGCUCUCUGUGCCGAAGAACCAAAUUGUCGAGCUGCCGCCGUCGCUCCUGCAACUGACGCAGCUCAUCGAGCUCAAUGUUGCGGACAAUCGCCUGACUCAGCUGCCUGACUUGACCAAGCUCCUUGCGCUUGAGACGCUCUUCUUUGACGGCAACGAUCUGCAGGGCAAGGUGCCGCGGGUGCGGAGCAGCAAGUCCCGGAGGGUGGUGUCAGGAUCGGGCUACAAGUACCCGCCGCUUGGCGGUGGUCUUGCCCAUCCGUCGCAGCUUGCACGCAUUGAGCAGCUGUAUGCCAGUGAGCUGUCUGCGCUGCGGCGCGAGCUUGCCGAGCUUCUCAAGGCGCAGCAGACGGCGCUCAACCGGGCCAAAGCAACGGCAAACAACUACCACGCGUCGAUCCAGACGUUUGGAGCAAUCGGAUCGCCCAAGUCUGCCGAGUCACCGGAGCUACCGCCUGCAACACCGCCGCCGGGCUCGCGGUCUGUGGCGGACCGGCGGGCGAGGCUUGCACGAGGCAAGUCGCUGAGGCCGUCGUCGCGGAUGCUGUCAAACGCGGCUCCGGGCACCGAGCUCGCGCUUCUGCGCAAGCAGCUCGAGUCUGAACGUCUGCUUGUUCGCAAGCUCAACGACGACAAGACGCGGCUCUCAGCGCUCAUUGACUCCCAAAAGGCGCGUUGGGAAGAGCUCCUCUCGUCCGGCCUCCACGAUACCAAGGCGCUUCAGUCUGUGGUCAUGGAGCUUUCGCUGACCAACGAGGGGCUAGAGAGCACGAUUGCUGAGCUCUCCGACGAGCUGCUACAGGCACGACUCAAGGUUGCGGCGUUUGAGGCGAGUGAUCACGAGGAGCUGAUUGCUAUGUACGAGCAGCAGCUUGCGGACAAGACUGCAGCACACGCCAGCGAUGCAGCGGCGUUUGCAGCGCUCCGCGAAGAGGCGGCCGGUCUCCGCGGUACAAACAGGGCGCUGGAAGCGCAGCUGGUCGACGCGCAGCAAGGUGCGCAGGCCGAGCUACGGAUUGCGGAGCUGGAGGCCGAGCUAGCGAGUGCACAGGCUGAAAUGGCAGAGUCGAAGGAGUCUACCGACUCGUUGCUGACAACGCUAGACGAGUACGAGGGCGACAUUGACGAGCUGUCGAACACGGUCUCUAGCCUCGAGUCGCAGAUUGCUGUGCUGACUGCGGAACGAGCCGAGCUUGAGCGCAAGGUCAAGGGCGUCGCUGCGAGCGAGGGCGAGCGCGUGGCCAAGUUGCAAGCCGAUCUGGUGAGCUCACGAGCCAGGUGCGAUGAGGCUCGCGAGACAAGCGCCGAGUUGCGGCGUGAGCUGAGCGCAGCCAAGGCCGCCCACGACAAGGCGGAUCGCGAGCUGACGGCCGCGCGCAACUCGGGAACACGACUCGAACACCAACUGGACAGCACCAAAGCAGAGCUUGCCAAGCUCAAGCGGGCAUCGGAUCGGACGUCGUCAGAGGCCGAGCGUGAGCUGACAGCGGCACGGCAGACGGCGACUCAUCUUGAGCAGCGGCUUGCAGAGACCAAGGCUAAGCUCGAUGCGCUGCGGCGCGAAGCCGAGGCGGCCAACACGGCCGCACAGGCAGAGCUUGCCAACGCGCGCUCUGGAGUGCGCGGUCUGGAGCAGGAGAUGACAGAGAUGCGAGCGGCGGCGGCAGCAGCAGCCGAGGCCGCGGCCGAGGCUGACGCCCACGCGCACCAGAAGCUUACAGCGGCGCGCUCUGCAGCCACCCGCUUGGAGCGCGAGCUCGAUGAGCUACGCCGGCGGCUGGGGAGUGCCAACUCGGAGUGCGCGGCGCUGACGGCGCGGUACGAGAACGCGCUCAAGCAGGCGCGCAGGAUGCGGGCUGAGCGCGACACAGCGUUGGCGGCACUUGAUGAUGCCAACGACGAGUACGCUGAGCUGGAGGCGCAGUGUGACGCGCUGAAGAGCCUGCUGCGCAAAGCUGAAGCCAGGCGCGAUGCGCUCGCGGGCGAUCUGCAAGCGCUCAAGGCCGAGCUGGAAUCGGCGCUCGACCGAGUGAGGGAGCUCGAGGCCGAGCGCGAUGCUGGAGCUGAGGCAGCACACAACUCACAGAGCAUGAUCGCUGAGCUGGAGAGGCAGCUCGCGGAUGCUCGCUGCAAUGCGGAGACUGUGACUGUCAAGCUCCAGGGCAAGGUUGCCGAAGCUGCGUCGACACAGGCGCAGCUGGAGGCGACGCAAACCGAGCUGGAGGCUGCGCAGGCCAAGGUCGCCGACACCGAGUCGACGCUGACCUCGACACAGGCCGAGCUGGAGGCCGCACAGGCCAAGGUCGCCGACACCGAGUCGACGCUGACCUCGACACAGGCCGAGCUGCAGGCGCAGCUGGAGGCGACGCAAACCGAGCUGGAGGCUGCACAGGCCAAGGUCGCCGACACUGAAUCGACGCUGACCUCGACACAGGCCGAGCUGGAGGCUGCGCAGGCCAAGGUCGCCGACACCGAGUCGACGCUGACCUCGACACAGGCCGAGCUGCAGGCGCAGCUGGAGGCGACGCAAACCGAGCUGGAGGCCGCACAGGCCAAGGUCGCCGACACCGAAUCGACGCUGACCUCGACACAGGCCGAGCUGCAGGCUGCGCAGGCCAAGGUCGCCGACACCGAGUCGACGCUGACCUCGACACAGGCCGAGCUGGAGGCCGCGCAGGCCAAGGUCGCCGACACCGAGUCGACGCUGACCUCGACACAGGCCGAGCUGGAGGCCGCACAGGCCAAGGUCGCCGACACCGAAUCGACGCUGACCUCGACACAGGCCGAGCUGCAGGCGCAGCUGGAGGCGACGCAAACCGAGCUGGAGGCCGCACAGGCCAAGGUCGCCGACACCGAAUCGACGCUGACCUCGACACAGGCCGAGCUGGAGGCGCAGCAGGCCAAGGUCGCCGACACCGAGUCGACGCUGACCUCGACACAGGCCGAGCUGGAGGCGCAGCAGGCCAAGGUCGCCGACACCGAGUCGACGCUGACCUCGACACAGGCCGAGCUGGAGGCUGCGCAGGCCAAGGUCGCCGACACCGAGUCGACGCUGACCUCGACCCAGGCCGAGCUGGAGGCCGCACAGGCCAAGGUCGCCGACACCGAGUCGACGCUGACCUCGACACAGGCCGAGCUGCAGGCGCAGCUGGAGGCGACGCAAGCCGAGCUGGAGGCUGCGCAGGCCAAGGUCGCCGACACCGAGUCGACGCUGACCUCGACACAGGCCGAGCUGGAGGCCGCGCAGGCCAAGGUCGCCGACACCGAGUCGACGCUGACCUCGACACAGGCCGAGCUGGAGGCCGCACAGGCCAAGGUCGCCGACACCGAAUCGACGCUGACCUCGACACAGGCCGAGCUGCAGGCGCAGCAGGCCAAGGUCGCCGACACCGAGUCGACGCUGACCUCGACACAGGCCGAGCUGGAGGCUGCACAGGCCAAGGUCGCCGACACCGAGUCGACGCUGACCUCGACACAGACCGAGCUUGUCGCCGCUCAAUCCGAGCGGGACCUCGCACUCGAAGCCCUUGACGACGCCAACGCCGAGCUUAUCGAACUCGACGCCGAGAUCAAGCACCUCAAGUCUGAUCUUGACGAGAAGCGCGUCGCGGUCAACGUCCUCACCGAGAAGCUGACUCGCUCUGCUGAGGAGUCAGCUUUGGAGCGUGCCCAGAUCAAGGACGAGCUUGACAUGGCCACGGCAAAGCUCUCUUCGGUACACGCCGAUCUCGCUGCCGAGCGCGACACCUCUCGUUCGCUCGCCGAGCAGCUCGAAGAUGUCCACGCCUCGAUGACCCAUACUCAUUCGCUCCUUGAGGCCGCAUCGUCCGAAGAAGCCACCCUAGCCGCUCGUCUUGCCGCUGCAGAGACCAAGUUCCUCAACGCUGCUGCUGCCCAGGCAACCUCGUCUGCCGCCGCUGCCGCUGCUGCUGAGCUCCUCGAAGACUACCGCUGUAUCGCCCAGGACGCUGUUGCCGAGGGUGCCGCCCUCGUUGAGACUCACGCGCGUGACACUGCUGCUCUCCAGCCUGUCAUCGAGACUCUCAAGGCUGCCUUGCAAGAAUCGUCGUCACUCUCCGAGGCCCAGGCCUCGGCCCUUGCCGACAAGCUUGCCGAGCUCACCGCCUCCCUCCGCGCAAAGGACGCCGAUCUCUCUGCUGCCCUCGCCAACCGCAGUGCCCUCGAGGCAGACCUUGUCUCAGAGAAGUCGCGUGCUGCAAGCCUCGACACGGAGCUCUCGACCCUCCGCUCGCAAGCCACAGAAGCCUCGCUCUCAUCAGACUCACUGACUACUCAACUCGCUGCCGCGCACGCCGACGUCGCAAAGCUCACUGCCGAACGCGAUGCGUUGACCGCCGAGCUCAAGGCCGUCCGCGCAGACCUAGCCUCAGCUGGUGAGCAAUCCGCUUAUCUGGCCUCACAGCUGGAGUCGGCCACCGCUCGCAACGAGCGCGAUGCAGAGGCCGCAGCCUCUACCAUUGCCGCCCUCGAGGCCUCCAUCCGCAAGCACUCUGAGGCCUCUGAAGCUUCAUCGGCCGCACUCGACGCCCUCGAGGCCGAGCAUGCCGGCUCGGCCGCGCAGGCUGUUACCGCUGCUGCGGCGGCCGAGCGCUACGCUGCUCGCGUGGCAGAGCUCGAGGUUGUGCUGCGCGAUGCCUCGGCAGCAGCCUCCUCCUCCUCCGAGGACGCCAUCCGACUUGCUGCCGCGCUUGAGGCUUCCGAACGCGCCAAGGUUGAGGCGCUUGAUCGUGUUGCUGCCCUCACCCAGACGCUCACCAGCGAGACGGCGUCACUCUCGUCCAACGUAGACGAGAGCGCCGCUCGCGCCCGUGUCGCCGAAGCCGAUCGUGCAAAGUUGGAAGCGCAACUCGCCGCGCUCCAAUCCGAGCACGACUUAUCAACUGCUGUCGUUGCAAAGCUCGAGGCCAAGGCUGCCAGUCUCGCCACUGAGCUCAACACUGCCCUCACUGCCCGGCAGAACGAUGCUGCCGAUGCCGAUAGUCAUGCUGCAGAGCUAACUGCCCAGCUCGAGGACGCACACUCACGCGCCGAGACACUCCAAGCCCGAAUCACAGACUUGGAAAACAAGCUCACGGCUGCUGGUGAGGGACUGGCCUCCGCGCAAGGGGACACAUCCGCUGCAGAGGCCGCUCGUCUUUCGCUCGCCAACGAGCUCGAGUCGCUCACUGCCUCUUACGAGUCCAAGCUCACUGCAGAGGCUGCCCGUCUUGCCUCGCUUGACACGGAUGCAAUCACCAUGGCUGCACAAGUCACCGAGCUAGUGACGGAGACAGAGGCGGCCCGCAGCCAGCUCCGCGCUGCCCAGCAAGAGCUCCAAGAGACCGCUCUCGCCCGUGACGCCGCCGUCGCCCGUGUUGCAAACCUUGAGGCGCAGAUUGAUGCCCUCUCAUCUCGCAGCGAGAAGGCGAAGCACGCCGCUGCAGUCGCCACUGCUGCCCUAGCACAGGCACAAUCCCGCGCCGAGUCUUCUUCUCGCCGAAUCGCAACUCUCGAGGCCGCACAGGAUGUGUAUGCCAACGAGCGCGCAGAGCUGCAGCGGGAACGGACUGUCGCUUUGGCCGCCGCAGAGGGCGCGCGUGCUCGGGCCGCUCACCUCGAGGCUGCCCUUGACGAUGCCACCCGCGCUGCUGAGCAGGCCACGCGCUCACACGCUGCUACCGUCGACGCGCUUCAGACCAGGCUCGCUGCCUCGCUUCGUGCUGAAGAGGCUGCACAUUCUGAUGCAGAAGCGGCACGCGACCGCGCCGGCCAAGGCAACAUCGAUCUGGAGGCUGCGCUAGACGCUGCCAACGCUGCCGCCGCCAGUGCCCAGGCAUCAGCCCGUCUGGCGUCGGGCGAGGCCGCUGCAGCGUUGGCAGACCUGAACGAGGCCCGCACAACCAUUGCUGGACUCGAGGCUCAAGUCAACGCCCUUGCUGAUCGCGAAGCUGCGCUCACAAAUGCGCUUGACGAUGCACGGACUGAGUCGGCCGCGGCUGCAGCAGCACUCGCUCAAGCCAGCGACACCGCCGAUGCCGCGCAGGCCAACCUUCGUGACGCCCGUGCUGCUCUUGCCGAGCGCGACGAUGCCACCGCCGCUCUCCGCGCCACAGUUGAGAAGCUGCAGAUCGAGGCCGCGGCAACAACGCAGUCGUUCGAAGCCCAACUUGCCGAUGCUGCCCAUCGCACCGCCCGCGAAAUUGACGCGCUCAAGUCGCGUCUCGAUGCUGCGCUCGCACAGUCGGAUGCGAACUCGUUUGCUGUUGCCGAUGCAGACGACGCGCGCAAGACUGCUGUCGAAGCAAACGCAGCACUUCGCUCGCGCCUUGAGGCUGCCGAGGCUGCUGCAGUGGCUGCGACUGCUGACCUUGCCUCUGCCAACGACGUCAUCUACCGCUCCAACGCUUCGGUGGAGUCGCUCACUGCACAGCUCGAACGCGCCCAGGGCUUGCUCGCUGACCGCGAUGCCCAUGUCGAAUCGCUGGUAGACGAGCUCACGCACGCGCGCCACGAGCUCAACUUGCUCAAUGCCGACCUUACCACCACCACCGAGACGCUGGGCGCAGAACGUGCUCUUGCAGCUUCUGAGCAUUCCGUCCGUCGCUCCGAGAUCGAGUCGCUCACGGCGGCUCUUCAGGCUGCGCGCGCUGACGCCGAGGCGCUCCGGGCCAGCACCCGCUCCGGCGACGCCGCUGUUCGUGACGAGCUUCUCUCGACCCGGGUUGCCCUUGACGCUGCCCGCGAUGAUCUUGCACGCACUCGAAACGAGCUUGCGUCGGCCCGUGCCAUCAUUGAUGCCGAGCACAAGGCACGCCUUGCCGCCGAGGUCGCCCUUGCAGAAGCCAAGUCUACUGCCGCCGCUGAGGUGGAGAGCUUGGCUACUGCCGCCGACGCUGCGCGGUCCGAUGCCGACGCUCUUGGCGCCCAGCUCCGCGACACACGUAGUGAGCUCGAGCUCGAGCGGAGAGCGUCGCUCGCCAACUCUGACAGCCUUCGGGAGCUGGCCCUCGCUGCAGCCGCUUCGCAGUCUGCUAUCCGUAAUCUGAAGACCCAGUUGCUCGCAUCGUACGCCGAGCGCCAGAGUAUCGAGGCCGAGCUCUCUACCAUCCGAGCUGCUGCCGUUGUGCACACCGAGCAACGCGCCGCAGACGAAAGCCACCAGCGUGCCCUUGCGGCUCUCCAGGCCCGUCUUGACGAGAGCCUCGUCGAGAUCAGCUCGCUUGCCGCUGUCCGCGACGAUCUCGACCUUGCGCUCCGGAAGGCAGAGUCCGAGCUCUCGGUUGCUCGUGCUGCCGCAGCAGCGUCUGUGAAUGAUGCUGCCGUUGCUGCUGCUCAUGCCGAUGAGCUUGUUGCUGUCGCUCGUGCUGAGGCUGCUGACGCUCGAGGCGUGGCCGACUCGCUCCGCUCAGAUCUGCAAGACGCCCUCAUUGCUGCCGCUGAGGCCACAUCUCAGGCAAAGGCUCUCCAGCUGGAUGCUGCUGCGCAUGGACCAGCGCUAGAGGCCGCGCGUGCUGACGCAAAGGCUGCACGCACUCAGCUUGCUGCCCUUCGCUCCACCGCCUCGGGUAACGACCAUGUCAAGGCCAACGCCCGGGCCGAUCAGGCGCAGGCUGAGCGUGCGCUGGCAGCAGCACAGGAGCGUGCUGACGUCCGCAUUGCAAAGCUCGAGGCGCGUCUCGCCGCUGCCCUUGCUUCUUACGACGAGGCCAAAAAGGACGCACUCGUGACCAGAAGCAAGCUGGCAGCUGCCGAGCGCGCUGCCCAGCUCAACGCCACAAUUGCGCUCCCGGCAGUCGCGCUCGACAUGCUCCAGCAGCAACUUGAUGCUGAGCGUGCAACAUGUGAGUCUCUGGAGGAUCAGAUUCGCAAGCUCGAGUCGGCCCUAGCCCUGGCAGAGCACGCCGCCGCUCGGGCUGCACUCAGUCAGGACCGCUCCUCGCAACAAGUGCAAGACUUGGAGGCGCGUCUUGAAGUGGCCUCGCGCGAGCUUACCCGCACCACCGAGUCAGCGGCCAAGGCGCGCGCUGACACCGAGACCGCACAGGCCCGCGUGAUCGAGCUCGAGGCAGAGCUUGCCCAGCAAGCUUCAAAUGCAGCACUGGCCGCCCAGGAUGCUAAUGCAACUCAUAGCCGUGAGGUCGCCGCUCUCAAGGCCUCACUCGCAACGGCACAGGCCGACGCGCGCUCGGCCGAGGAGACACAAGUCGGCCUGGAGGCUUCACUGGCAUCAUUGGCUGCUGCACUGCAAGCGUCCGAGGAGCGUCGCCGCAAGCUGCGCACCGAGCUAGAUGUCGUGACCGCAGAUGCUCGCAGCCUCGCAGGUGAUGAAGCAUCUCGGACCCGCGCUGCCCAUCUUGCUCAGGCCAAGUUGGCGUCGGCGGAGGAGAACAAUGCCUUGCUCGCUGCCCGUAUCAGUGUACUGGAGGACCAGCUCCAUACCCAAGCACUCGCGCUCUCUCAGGCCAAGUUGGAGGUGAAGCGCGAGACCGCACAUGUUGCAUCAGUCAAGUCCAAGGCCCAGGCCCAGGCAAAGCUUCUCGAGGCCAAACUUGCUGCUGCACACGACGCUCUUGAUCGCGCUCCUGUUGCUGAUGGUGCUCGAGGGCAUACCGCCGAUAGCGACGCUCAUGUCUCGAUUGAUGCUGCUCUGUGUGCGCUCAAGUCGGAGGUCGAAGCAGAGGCCGCGGCUCGCUCCGCAGCUGUAACUCAACUUGAGGCUGCCAACGCUCGAAUCCGAGACCUUGAGUCUGCCCUCGGUGAGGCUCAGGCUGCCGUGCAGCUGGAGGAAAGCUCCGUCUCGGCCUCGAAAGCCCAGCUCGCGGCGCUCGAACGCAGCCAGUCGCUGACUCGAGUCGAGGGGGAGCUCAAGGCUGCCCAGGCUACUGCUGUCGAGAAUCAUGCCGCCAUGGCGCAUGCGCUCAACCUCGCUGAGAGCGCGCAAGCAGAGGCCGCCUCAACUCGUAGUCGCCUCGAGUCGCUCCAGGCUCAGCUGGCGUCGGCACCAGCCGAGGCGGAGGUCCAGCGCACUGCUGAGAACGCAGCCCGUCGUGCUGCGGUCGUUCAGCGUGCACUGACCGAAGAGCGCGACUCGCUUGUCGCUGAAGUUUCUCGUCUUCACUCGAGCUACGCGCGUGCCAGCUCGUCACUCGUGCUCCUUGCACGUGCCUUUGACGUCACUCUCAAUCAUUAUGGUUGCAAUGUGGACGAGCUCCCGGUGGAGAUCAAGCUGGACGAGGAACUGUCGAUCCGGGUUCCCAAGCCACUCCCCGAGCUGGCGGAAGAGAAUGCACGGCUAGUGGCCCAGCUCGAGGUGGCAGCGGCUUCCCGUGACACCACCCGGCGCCAGCUACUUGCACUCCAAGCGGAGCAUGCCGACGCGUGCGCGCGCGGAGAUGGACUUGAGGUACUUCUCCAGGCAGCAAAGGUGGAGAAGGCAGAGCUCGAGCGCCAAAUCGUGGUGGCACAGGCCAAUGCAUUGGCGCUUGCCACUGCCCGUGACAACGCUAUUUCUGACGCCCAGUAUGCUGAGGCCUGCUUGGCCGAGUUGGAAGCCGCGCGCGAUGCGGCCCGCGAGGAUGCGAUGCGCGCGCGUGAACAGAAACGUGCUCUCGCCACCCAGCUCGCGCUCGCCAACGAUGCCGCUCUUGCCACCGCCACUGCCCUCGAGAGCGAAGUUGCUGCUCUGCGCACCGUGGUAGAGACCAUGUCGUCGGACGCGUCGCCAACAGUUGUAAGCGAGCAUGUAGCUGCCGAGCUGGUGCGGCUUUUUACUCUUCUUGAUGAUGACACAGACCACCGCGCUAAGCAGGCUGAUCUUGUCACUGGCCUCCGCGCUGAGCUGGAGGCAAAGAACGAGGCGAUGGCGUUCGAGGUCGCACGAGCCACGGCUGCGGCAGAGUCUCUUCAUAAUGCCCAGAGCGACAUUCGAGAGCUACAGUCCAGACUGCGCCGGAUGGAGACUGAAGCCGAGCUGGCGGAUGCUGUGCCAGUUGUCCCGGCAACUGAGACUAGCCGCGUCGCUGCACUCGCUUCUCCGCAUGGAGACGACUCGCGAGUCGCGCACCUGGUUGCCGAAAAGGAAGCACUAGAGUCGGCACUUGUUCGUGAGAGUGCCGAGCUCGACGUCCUUGGCGGAUCAUUGAGGGCAAUGUGCGGCGUUCUGGCAGCAGCCCGUUCGCGCCGCGGUCCGAGCGCUGCCGGCCUGGCCCGACAGUCGUCGGUCGAAGUGACAACCAAGAUGCAGCUUGCGGCCGCCGAGGCGAGGAUUGCCGAGCUGGAGGCGUCGCGUAAGCGGGCUGCCGAAGCACAAGCCCAUACCGUCAACUCGUCCGAGGCUUCACGAGCCCGCAUCGCGGCGCUCACCACCCAGCUUGCCGACGCGCAAGAGCAACUUGAGCUUGAGCGCGAGCGUGCGGCACGUGCUGCGACUACCGUCGAGGCGCAGGCCGGUGAAAUUCAGUCACAAAUGGACGCGCUCUACCGAGCCCUGGAGGACGCUCGGGCUGCUGGUGCUGUGAGCGCCGCUGAUGGACCUGUUGUCCUUGCCCUGCGCCGCCAGCUCGAGGCGGCCAACGCCAGUCAGGACUCGCUUCUGGCCAAUGUUCAAGAUGCGCAGAACAAGCAAGCUCAGGCCGACAAGGCCGCCGCUGUCGCGCGCGCUGAGGCGCGUGUCGCCCGGGAAGCGCUCGAUGAUGCACAGGUCGCUGUCGAGAGUGUGCGGGCCGAGAUGGAUGCACUGCAGGCUGCCAGUGGUGCACGCGAGGUCGAGCUGUCCGCCGCUCUGGAUGCUGCGCUCGAGGCGGCAGCCGAGAAGGACAGCCUGAUGGAGAGCCUCGAGGAGGAGGCGCUCCAGGUUGAGGAGACUCUGCGGAAUCAAAACCGCAAGCUUGCCGAAGAGCUCCUUGCGCUCCGCGAGCAUGUGUUUGAGCUUGAAGAGGCCGGGCUCGAGACUCAGCGCACCAUGUCGCUGGCCGAUCUCAAGCUGGCGGCUGUGAGUGAAGCUGACCUUGUCUCAUCAGAGCAGGUCUCGUCGCUUGCGGCCGCAAAUGCGUCGUUGGAAGCUACAGUCGAGGCGCUGACGGCGCAGCUGCAGCGCGAGCGGGAGCGCGCCGACGAGCUUGCCGAGGCCCACGAAGUGGCGGUGGAUGAUGCUGCACGUGCGCGUGCCAAGGCCACUGCCCAGUUUGAAGCCGACGUCGAUGAGGUCCACACCCAGCUUGCUGAAGAGCGUGGUCAUGUAGCUGCCCUGCGUGCCGAGAUUGAGAAGCUUCUCGCCGAGAACGGGAAGGUGCAGGACGAGAAGCACAAGCUGUUUGUGGAGAACAACAGGGUGCGCGACAUGCUCAACCGGGCCGAGAAACUCAACGUGAGCCUCGCCGCCGAGCGCCAUACGACAGGCGAGGCCGCCGACGAUGCCACUGCGCGCCUUGCUACCGUCGAGGAUCAGCUCGAGGCCGAGCGCACCAGCUUUUCCGAUGAGAUGGCCAGCAUGCGCGCGGCCUUGGCCGAGGCCCGAGCCGCUCGCUUUGAGGCUGCUCAGAACGAGAGGGCCAAUCAGUUUGUGCUCAAGACACAGCGGCAGACCAUUGCCACGCUCGAAGCGCAGGUGGCUGAGCUGAGCGACGAGGUUGAAGCUGCUCGAAUGGCAGCGACGUCCGAAACAGCGACCAUUGCCAAGCACGCAACCAUUGAUACUGAGAUGCUUGCAGAGCGAGAGGCUGAGCUUGUGCGGAGACUGGCUGGUGAGCAUGCUCAUGCCAUGGGUCUGCUCAAGAUGCAGUUGCUGGGUGCACUGUCGGCGGCGCAGCAGCGCGAGGCCGCGCUCAGAGGCAAUUUGGUCGCAACCAAGGCAGAGCUCCGUGACGCAGUUGCGGUACGAACUGAGCUCACCGGCUCGCUCACUCGAAUCCAGAACGAGAUGGACACGCUCAAGCUCAACGCUCGCAUCGAUGUUGAGGCUGCUCAGGGCGCUGCUGAUCAUGCUCACUCGCUCGCUGAGCAAGUCAAGGUUGAGCUAGCGCUCGCCCGGGAUGAAAUCGCCGAGCUGCGGACUGCUCAAGCAGCGGCAGAGGCGGAAGCUCGAGUCGCCGUUGCUGCUGCCAAGCGAGCCGAACUAGUUUCUGAGACCAGUCACAACGCGGGCCGGGUUCUGGAGAUGGACGUCAAGGCUGCUCAGGCUGCUCGUUAUCGAGCCGAGGAAAAGGCCACUGCGUUGCAGUCAAGGCUAGCUGAAGUUUCGGCGGAGCUGGAAGCUGUGCGAAGCAGCGCGGCGGAUGCUACCGACACUGCGUCGCGUGACACGGCUGAUCUUGCGCGCAAACUGGAAGAAGCCGUGGCUGCAGUCAGUGCCAAGCACGAGGCCUUAGUGUCAACCCGGGCCACCGUUGCCCGGCUAGAGUCGGAUGCGGAGCUAGUGGCAGCCGCAACGGCUCAGCAGAUCAAGACUCUGGAGGCCCGGAUUGUUGCGCUUGUCGACAGCGAGUCAGCAGAUGCUAUAGCUGAGAGCAUCGAGGCUGAGGCCGCUGCUACCGAGGCUGCUGCGCAGGCGCAGGCCGCUGUUGUGGAUGCUGCCGAAGCGCGUGCGGCUGCGGCUGCUCGUGAGGCUGCGGCUGCGACGUCGAGCGCCGAGCAGUCCCAAGCCCAAGUUUCGGCACUCCAUGCCGAGCUGGCGGCAGCAACAGCCGCCGCAACCGCGGCGCGCGAAGAGAGCGUUCGCGCCGAGUCGCGCGCCAACGCCGCGUCGGCGCAGAUCGCUGCUCUCGAGACUGCCAAUGAGGAAACUCGUGCCGCCGAUGCUGCAGCCAUGGAGGCACUGAAACGCAAGGUUGCUGCGCUAGAGGAGGAGCGUGCGGCGGCGGAGCGCGCCAGCUCGAACCGCGUUGCUGAGCUCGAGUCGGUUGUUGCUAAGCUGGAACAUGCGGUGGCGAGUCAGAACGCGGCGGUCUCCAACUUGACUGCCGAGGUCGCUGCCCGCGAGGCUCAAGUGGCUGACCUCACUGCUGCAGCACGGCAGGCAAAGGAUGGCCAGGACAACGCCUUGCGGGAGGUGGGCAUGCAAAAGGCGCAGCUGAGUCAUGUACAUGAUGAUCUGUCCCGUGCCGAAGCACGGCUGGCUAGCCUGCAGGCGACUCACUCUGCCACCCUUUUUGACUUGUCUGAAGCCCAGACCAAGGCCUCGCAGGCGGCGGCAACAUGCACAAGCUUGGCCGAGGCACAUGUUGCUGAAGUGGAAGAGCUUCGGGCCCAGAACGAGGAGCUGCGCGAAGCUGCGCUCGCCAAGGCAUCAGACUCGCAAAUUGCUCUGGAGAAGGCCAGUGGUGCUGUUUCUGGGUUGCAGCACGCCGAGGCUGCGCUCCGGGCCGCAGAGGCCAAGAUCGCUGCGCUUGAGGCGGGGCUGGAAUCCGCCGAGAGCCGCGCUGCAGACGCUGGUCGUGCCCGAACAGCCGAGAUCCAGCGGAUGGCGCGCGAGCUGGCGCGACUGACGACAGAGCGUGCAGCCGCUGAGACGUGUGCUGCUGCAGCGGAGCGCGAGGCAUUGCAUGCGCGGUCUGCAGCCGACUCGAUCAAGUCGACCGCUGCAGCAGCCGAGGCAAAGUACGAGGAGCUUGUUGCUCGGCUCUCGCGACAGCUGAGAGAGAGAGACGCUGAGCUGGUAGCUGCACGCCGCAACUGCAGUGGGCUUGAGUCGCGGCUGGCCGCGCUCUCGCGCGAGCUGGGCCUUGUCCAAGCCUCGCUGCAGGAGACCGUGGCGGUGCGGGAUCAACUUGCCCGCGCCGCCAAACGGUCGCUGGGCGGUGCACCUGAUGGGACAGGCGCAUCGAGUGAGGAUCUGUCGCAGCGCGUGGAGCGCCGACGGGCGCGGCUGGGGGCGGCACCUGUGAGUGACGCCGCGCUCGAAGAGCUGGCCGCUAUGAGCUCAGAGCUUGAUGAGGCGCUCGAUGAUGCCGCCAACGCGCGUGUCGCCGCUGAAGCGGCGCGCGACUCGGUGGCCGUCCUCGAGUCCCGGAUUGAGGAGCUCAACGCUGAACUGGCGCUCUCGCGCGAGGAAGCUGACAAUGCCCGCUCGCAAGCAGCCGAAACGGCCGCCAUGGUGACCAAGUUGCAGCACGAGCUUCACGGUGCAAAGGCUGCGCUUCUGCCGCUGGGAGAGGAUGCCGUCGCAGCUGUCGACCGUGCUGUGCGUGCUGAAGCCACCGCACGCGAGCUGCAGAUUGAGCUUACUGCCGCUAAGGAUGAGGCCGCUGAGUCCCGACAGGCGCUGGUGUCUGUCAAGGCCGAGCUUUCAGUCACCCGCGACGCUCUGGAUCGGCGCAACGCCUCGUUUGCCGGAGAGGUUGAAGCAGUGCGGGUGGCUGCGCUCCAAAGGAGUGAGUCGCUUGAGUCUGAGGCUGCUGCCAGUGAGGCGUCGCUCGAGCUCGCUACGCUGUUUGCUACGUUGGAAGAGAAUAGCCGCGAGAUGCUGCAGCUGUCUGCGGGUGUUGAGCGCGCCGAAAUGGCCGCCGAGGACGCUAGCCGCAGGCUAGCGUCGACUCGAGGUGAGCUGCUGGAAGCCAUCAAGGCCCGUGAGGCUCUCCGUGCAGAGGUCGAGUCGCAACAGGCCGGGCUUGCUGUGGCUGCCUCUGAGCUUGCAGCAGUCCGCGGCGAGACUGAACAACAGCGCGAGGAUCUCGAGCUCACCAUCCAAGAGCUGGAAGCUGCACUCGAGCGUGAGCGCGCAGCGCGAGUGGCCGCACAUGCUGAGGCUGCGGCUGAGGAGCAGCGGGUGGCGGCCGAACAGGCAGCGCUGCAGACGGCGCUACGCGCUGCCAACGCCAACGUGGCUGCGGCACAGGCCGCGCUGGCGGCCGAGAGCGCCCGAGCACUUGAAGCUGAGCAGACGAGCCGCGACAUCAAAGUCGAGCUGCGGUCUGCAGAGGCCGAGAUUGCCAAGUUGAAGGCGCAAGCCGAGAUGGCAUGCCAGCAGUUUGCGGCUGUGGAUGAGAUCCAACGUUCUCUUGCGGAGCAGGUCGACGCACUGAUGGCAGCCCGACAGGCUGCCCUGCGCGCGUCUGAGACUGCGGCGGAGCGGGAGCGGGAGGCGGUUGUCGAGUUGCAAGCUUCGCAAAUAGUCCACAAGCGGCUUGUGGGUGAGCUGGCGGCAGCACAUGCACUGCAGGCCGAGAUGGCCGCUGCAAGCGAUGAGAGCGGGCAAGUUGCGGCAGCAGUGGCUGCGGUGGCACGAGCCGAAGCCGGUCAUGACGAGGCAGUGGCGGCGGCCGAGGCUGCGCAGGUGGCAGUCGCCCGCUUGAAGAGCGAGCUUGCUGCUGCACAUUCCAAGCUGGAGCAGGCCGAACUUGCAGCUGGAGAAGCCGCGGAGUCGGCCACCCUCCUUCGCCAAGCCUCGCUCGAUACAGUGGCAGCCAUGCCGGCAGCAGUUCAAGCCGAGCUUGAUGCACAGGCUGGCGAGCUGGACACUUUGCGACGCGAGCUGGAGGCCGAGCGUGCAGCAAGCACACUUGCCACGCACAACGCCGAAGAGGCCAAUGCAGCGCUUGUGGGACAGGUCGAACGCGAGCGCAAUCGCGCAAGCGCGGCCGAGAGGCAGGCGCGGCUGGCAGAGAUGGAGGCCAAGAGCCUGGGCUCGCGACUUGGCGUGGUGGAGGCCGAGCUCGAGAUUGCUCGCAGUGCACAAGCAUCGCUGGACGAGACAGUGCAGCGAGUGAAUGUGGAACUGGAGCGGGAGCGGGCCCAGCUGGAUGCGUCGCUUGCUGAACGUGGGCUUGCGAUAGAGGCGCUUCAUGCGGAGCGCUCGCGCGAUGCCAGAGCAUUUGAAGCCGAAAUGGCUGCGCUCCAAAGCGAUCUUGACGAUGCGCGCCGGAACUGUGCCGAGUUGAGAGAGCUUCAGGGCGAAGCUCUGGCGACCAACGCGCGGUUGGAGGAAGAGCUACACGAGGCCCAUGUCCUGCUUGAUGAGGCUCGUCGGCGCAACACGGCCCUUGCGGACGAGCUAGCGGACGCGCAGCGGUCGUCGCUUGCUGCUGCCGAGCUGGAAGAGGCGCAUGCCCGAGCUGCCGCGCUUCAGGCCAAGCUUGUGGCAGCGCAAGAUGAGGCUGCCGCUUCCGCCCGCAAGGCUGCUGGAAGCUUAGCUGCCGCCGCCAGUGCUGAAGCUGCCAUUAAGCGCGAGCUCCGUGCAGCCCAGCAAGCCCUCGUGGUCAAGGAAGCUGAGGCUGAGGCUGCUCGCGCACGCGCCGCGGAGCUGGAUGCUGCCGUUUCUGGACACGUUGCUCAAACUGAGGCUGCUGGUGAGUCCGCGUCAGUCGAUAAGCUGCAAGCCGCGCUUGCUGGGCUCAAGAAGCAACUGGAUCAGGCCGUUGCCGCGCGAGAGACUGCAGAGCGCAAGGCGGACGCAGCAUCCGAGACGGCAAGUGUUGCCAACCGUCGGGCGAGUGAUGCCGAAGAAAGCGUCAGUGCGAUGGAAAUCCGAGUUACUGAGUUGGAGCGGCAGGUGGCCGAGGCCGAGCUGCGACUGGCAGAUCGCGCUUGCGAGCUUGAGGAGGCACGAGUGGCCAUGGAUGCACUGCGCGCAUCAGCGAGCAAGGAUCGUGCUGGGUUGGAGAACCGUCUGACGACGCUGCGAACACGUGCGGCGGACGACGCCGACCGGGCUGCCGAGGAAAUCAACUCAAUUCGGGCAGGCCUUGUUGAGGCGCAGUCGGCGCUGGCUGACAUGACGUCCAACUAUGAGGAGGCGCGCGAGAACGAGGCCUCGCUCCGUACGGCACUGACAACCCAGAACGCGGUUCUUGAAAAGUUGCAGGGCGAUCGCGAGACGCUGCGUGCCGAGGUGGCUAACCUCCAUCCGCAGCUGGCAGCCGCCGAAAACAGGGUGCAAGGCCUGACAAGCGAACUGGCCGAGGCGCACGAGGCUGUUGCAGCAGCCAAGGCUGACACGGCAUCGAGCGAAGCUCGGGUGGCUGAGCUGACAGACGCUGUCAAGCAGGGAAAGCUGGAAGCCGUGGCCUCCGCUACCCAGCUUGCCGAGGCUCGGGCCAAGGCACUGGCCUUCAAGGCGCUCAAGAAGCGACUGCAGGCACGGAUCGCCGAGCUGGAAGCAGCGCUUCAAGAUGAUGGCCGCCCGCCGGUUACAUCACCGGCCGAGCCCGAGCCCGAGCCCGAGCCGAUGACGACGGCGAUCGCGCCCAGCGCGACGGCGGAUGUGGUGGCAGAGCUGGAAGUCAAGCUGGAAGAGAGCCGAGCUGGUAAGCGCGAGCUGGAGGCUAUGGUCGAGGCUGCUGAAGAGCGGGCAGAGGUCUCGGCACGGGCCACAGCAGCGCUCCAGGCUGAGCUGGCGUCUCUGCAAGAGACCGUUUCGGCACGCGAUAGAGCCACUGCGACAGGUGUGGAUGCAACUCUUGCUCAGGCUCGCUCAGAGAUUCAGGCCAAGACGAUCGAGCUUGCCAAAAACCAGCAAGCGUUGGCGAGCGCGCAAAAGCGGGUGCUUGAGCUCGAAGAUGCCGUUGCUGUCGCCACGGCCGCACAGGAAGAGGCCGAGCGGGCUCGCGAUGCGUCCAUGGCCGAUGGUGCAGGUGCUGCUGCAGAAGCCGAGUCGACAGCAGCACUGCUUGCGGAAGCCAAGGCACAGGUGGCACGGAUGGAAGCCGCUAAGAACGCGGCUGACGCUGCGGCCGUUGCUGGUGACGUCGAGGCAUCAGCAGCGGUGAGCCGGGCUCAAGCCGAGGCGGCCCGUCUGCAAGCUGGGGUGAAUGCGGUUCGCGCGACAGAAGCCGAGACUGCGCGCCGAGCGGCGGAGCAAAAUGCAGCGUGCGCAUCUGCAGAGUCAACACUUGCAAGAGCAGAGGCGUCCGUGGCGCGAUACAAGGCCCUGGUCGAGUCAAUGCAGGCUGAAAUGGAUGAUGCCCAUGGGCGCACAGCUGAGGCUGAGGCCGCGCGAGCAUCCGCGACCCGUGGGCGGGCCGAGGCUCGCGCCGAGAUCGCGACGCUGCGUGCCUCCCUGGAAGAUAGUGAGACGGCGCGAGCGCGAGCGACAGCACGGUUGCAGGCAGUUGAGGCCGAGCUGGAAUUGGCUCUUGAGGACGUGGAUCGGGCCAAGGCUCGCUGGAGGCGGGCACAGGCCGAGGCUGACGAAGCCUUUGCUGCACGUGACAAGCUGGUCAUGCAGGCUGCCGAGCUCAAGGGCGAGCUUGCUGGAGCAUGCAGCAACGUCAUCCGGCUGGAAGAGAUGGCCGCGGGUGACGCCAGCGCGCUGAUCAAGACGGCGGCCGAGGCCAACGAGCUGAGGCGCCGUGUUGGUGUGGCCGAGGAGGCGGUUGAGGCCGUCUCUCGGUUGGAGCAGGCGCUGGCUGCUGCGCGCAGCGAAGCUGCCGACGCCAUCAGCCGUGCUGAUGAGGCACAGGCCAAGGCGCGGGAGCUUGCGAAUGCGCUUGACCAAGAGCGUGUCCUGCUUCAGCAAGAGCGUCAUCGGCGGGCUCAAGUGGAAGGCCUCAACGCCGACCUUCGCGCUGCCGGUGAGCAAGCCGAGGUCGAGCUUGCUGACUUGCGUGAGGAAGCGGCGCAUCGGGACGGGCUGGCGACGAUUUUGGCUACUCGGGAGAAUGAGUUGGCUCAGGUGCGUAGCGAGCUCGCUGCGGCCCAGGCGCGGCUAGCGUCGCAAACUGGUGAGGUAGACGCGUCUGCCGACGAGCGGGCUGCGCUGGUCGGAAAGGUCGCCGGGCUGACGCAAACUGCUGCCGAGUACGAGCAGCGCAACAUGUUCUUGGAGUCUGCGCUGGCGACGAGCCAGGCCGAGGUCAAGCGACUUCGGGCUGAGAUUCAGGCUAGCGAGGUUUCGAUGGUGUCUGUGCAUCGAGUGGCCGCCAAGGCUGGUGAUCUUGAUGCCGAACUGGCCGAGUGUCAGAAGGCGCUGCAAGAGGCGCGUAUUGAUGCGCGAGCGGCCGAGGAGGCCCAGUUCAUUGCGGCGGCGGCCGAGGCGGCACGGGUCAAGGCCGAAGCAAGUGUGGAGGAGGCUGACGGGCGUGCUGAGCGUGCUGCAAACUCUCUGGCACAGGUACGCAAGGAGAAGGCCGAGCUCGAAGGCAAAAUGGAAGGCAUGGUAACGGCGCUUGCAGCGCUUGAGGCCCGAAUGGGUGUGGAGCGCGAGCAGGCGAUCGGUGAGCGCGAAAAGAGCACUGCGCUACGCGCCUUGCUGGAAGAGGCUGAUGCUCGCGAAGCCGACCGCAGGCGGGCGCUGCGAGAAGCGCAGGCGCAGAUCAAUGAGCUUGAAGCACGGCUGGCCUCCGAGUCAUCGCUGAACGAGUCAGGGACAGCGUCCCGGCUGCUUGAGUCGACCAUGCUGGCGGAGCAGCUGGGUGAGGCUAAGAGCGUGCUCGAAGAGUCGCUGGCGCAGGCAACGGCAGAAAAGAGCAUGCUCGCUGGGAAGCUAGAGCUCACUCGCGGUGAGGCCCGGCGGGCCGAGGUCCAGCGUGCCGACGUCGCAGCCGAGCUGGAGGCCGAGGUCGAACGGCGGCGACGGGCCGAGGCUGAGCGAGACGCCGCAGAGUCGGCGGUAGCCAGCCUUCGCGGUGAAGUCAAUGGACUCCAGCAAGCGCUGGCGCGGCUGCAAGCUGAGGAGACGUCCGAGACGCCCCGAUCUGAGCUGCGAAGCGAGCUCCGGGCAACACUUGCACAGGCUGCGCAGCUGCAAGGCCGGCUGGAUGGUCGCGAGAAACAAGUCGCCGAGUUGGAGGUGCUCCUCGCCUCUGCCGAGCACGCGGUAGAGCGUCUGGAGCGGCAGGUGGCAGACACGAGUAGCAUGGCUGAGCUUGAGACUGAGCUCCGAAAAGCCAAGGCGGCCGUUGUCGAAGCCGAGGAGAACGCACGCAAAGCGUGGGUGGCCGCCAACGAUGAGCGAGUUGCGUCCAUGGAGCGUGUUAGAGUUGCCGAGGCCGAGACGCUUGAGCUGCAGGAGGAAGCCGUCGAGGCUGUGCGGCGCAAGCUCCAGGUGGCGGUUAAUGCUGCCGAGGACCGUGCGAGUCGCGCCGAGCGGGUUGCGACGCAGGCAAACGCCAAGUUGGAGGAGGGUGUGGCGUCGCUCCAGCAGGCGAAUGCUGCUCGCGAGGAAGCACUUGCAGCCGUUCGGGCCGCCGAGGCCCAAGCCGAUGCGGCUCUGAAGGAGGCGCGCGAUGCUCGCGAUGCUUGUGGUGAAGCGACUGUUCGUGCCAAGGCUGUCGAGCGGCAGGCUGCUGCUGCCGAGGCCCGGGCCGCUGAUGCCGAAGCUACGGCUGCGAAUGCGAUGGCCAAGCACAAGCAGGCCCGAAAAGAGACCAGCACUGCUUUGGAGACGGCUGAUGCCGCGCAACGUGCUGUUGCCGAAGCUACGCGCCGGGCGGCCGAGGCCGAAGCCGUGGCGGCGCGUGCGUGUGACGAGCGCGACCGCGCGGUGGCGCAGGCUGAGGGAAUGGCGAGCUCGGUCGGCGCAAGUGCCGAGGAGCUACUGGCGGCGACACAGAGGGCCGAGGUCGCAGAGGCUGCGCGUGAAGCAGCAGAGCGACGGGCAGAAGUGGCAGAAGCCCGCGCAGCCGAGGCUGAGGCACUCGCAGAUGACGCUGUGGCCAAGCGGAGGGCAGCGACGGCUGAGGCUGCUCAUGCCACCGCGGCGGCCGAACGGGCUGAGCGCGCCGCAAGUGAUGCAACACGACGUGCGGCAGAGGCCGAGUCAGCUCGGAUAGAAGCAUGGAACGAGCGUGAGAGCGCGGUUCGAGCGGCACGUGAUGCUCGUGAAGCCGAGGCGCUCGCGGCGGCGAGUGCUAGGACCGCUAGUCGCCGGGCUGACGACUUGGAUGUUGCCCGUGACGCUGCCGAGCGGCGGGCAGCUGCCGCCGAGGCCCGGGCCGCUGAUGCCGAAGCUACGGCUGCGAAUGCGAUGGCCAAGCACAAGCAGGCCCGAAAAGAGACCAGCACUGCUUUGGAGACGGCUGAUGCCGCGCAACGUGCUGUUGCCGAAGCUACGCGCCGGGCGGCCGAGGCCGAAGCCGUGGCGGCGCGUGCGUGUGACGAGCGCGACCGCGCGGUGGCGCAGGCUGAGGGGAUGGCGAGCUCGGUCGGCGCAAGUGCCGAGGAGCUACUGGCGGCGACACAGAGGGCCGAGGUCGCAGAGGCUGCGCGUGAAGCAGCAGAGCGACGGGCAGAAGUGGCAGAAGCCCGCGCAGCCGAGGCCGAGACGCUCGCUGACAGCGCUGUGGCUAAGCGCAAGGCCGCAGUUACCAAUGCGGCUGCUGCUGUGGAGGCUGCAGAAGCCAGUAAGGCCGAGGCAAUGAGCCAGGCACGGGAGUCGGCGAAGCGAGCGAGUCACGCCGAAGUGGCGUGCGAGGCUGCAGAGCGGAGGGCAGCGGUGGCCGAGGCGCGGGUGGCCGAGGCCGAGUCGCUAGCCAGCAACGCGGUCGAAGAGCUCCGAGACGCACUAGCCGAGGCAGACUCUCAACUAAUCAAGGCGGAGAAGGCGAUGCGGAGCAGUGCUGAAGCCAGUCGUCGUGCAGAUGAAGCCGAGACACAGCGUGCAGCAGCAGAAGCGCAGCGCGAUGCUGCCAUGGCAGCAGCCCGUUCGGCCGAAGAGCGGGCCGAGACGGCAGAAGUCGAUGCCAAGACGGCAAAGAAUGAGGCUGCGAGAGCAGUUGCACAGGCUGAUACGGCAGAGGCAGCUGCGGCCGACGCUCUGUUGGCGCGUCAGGAUGCGCUGCGGAAGAUGCAUGUUGCUAUCGAGGCGGCAGAAGCGAAUCAAGCAGCGGCAGACAAAGAGCGAAGGGCGGCGGAGAAGGCCAGCGUCCGUGCCGACAUCGCAGAGGCACAAGCUGCUGCUUCUGAUGAAGCGCGGCUGGAGGCAGAGCGAAAGGCCCGCGAAGCGGAGGCCAAGGCGACAAUAGCUACCGAGAAUGCGGAGGCUGUGGUUGAGGAGAUGCGCCGAAAGGCGGAUGCGGCCAUGGCAGCAUCGGCCACGGCCAGUCAGCAGCUGGUCGAGUUGACUGCAAGUGAGCAGGCUGCGAUUGUCCGUGCUGAGACUGCGGAAGCCGGGCAGCGGGCGGCGCUCGCAUCGGCACGCGAUUCAAACUCGGUCGAGGUCGACCUCGUGGCGGCGCAGCGGGCAGCAGAUGCUGCCGAGCGGCGCGCAGAGACUGCUGAGCAGGCUGCUGUCGAAGCCGCUAGCCGCCGCAAGCAAGCUGAGAACGAUCGCGACAUGGCUAUCAAUGCGCAACGCGCGGCAGAGCAAGAGCGCUCCGAUGCUGUUGAUGCUGCGUGUCGGGCGGAGCGUGCGAUGGUGAUGGCGCAGGAAGAGGCUGAGGCGGCGAGGGCUGCGAUGGCGCAGAGCAAGGCUGAUGCAAGCAAGGCCAAGGCAGCUGCCGAUGUGGCGGCAGCCAAGUGCGAGGAGGCUGAGCGCGAGAUGGCGCGAGCCCUGCGGCGAGCUGAGGCUGCGGAAGCUGCUUGUGAUGAAGCAGGCCUUGUGGCCGAGGGUGCACUCUCGCGGGCGAGUGAAGCCGAGAACGAGGCUGCGCUUGCCAAGCGGCGCGUGUCGGCUGUGCAAGAGGAGGCGCGGCAAGAGAUGGACACCUCACUGCAUCUUGCCGAAUUGGGUGCGGAACGAGUGGCUGGUGAGCUUCAGGAGAAGCUGGCUGCUGCGCAGAGUGCAUGCACUCGUGCUGCGGAAGCUACUGCAGCUGCGAUUCGCGAGCGCGAGUGGGCUGAAGCGGCGGCUGAGAAGGCGCGCGCAGAUGCAGAGGCCGCGGUGAAGGCUGCAGAAGUUGCCAACACAGAGCGGGCCAAGAUGGAGGACGAGGCUCGGCAUGUGCGGCAGACAGCGCGCACUGAAGUGGCGGCUGCUGAAGACGCGCGGCUGAAGGCCGAGAUCGAGGCAAAACGCGCACAGGCAGCCGCCAACUCGGCCCGCGAGGAGGCGAGCAAGGCCAACUCCGAGCUCGAGGCUGCGCAGCGUGAGGCCGUGGCAGCUGCCGAUGAGGCGACGUUCAAGCUGAAGCGCACCUUGGCCGACGCCGCUCUUGAUGUGGCAACUGCCGAGGGCGAGGCUCAGCUGGCUCGUGAAGAGGCCCGUAAGGCGCAGGCUGCCGCAACAAGUGCAUUUGACGCGGCUGACAAUGCCAAACGUGAGCGCGACGACGCCGAGGCAAAGGCUGAAGCUGCGAGACGUGCAGCAACGCAAGCUGAGACCAUGGCGGAACGCGAGGUGGCCAAGGCGAUGGCGGCUGUUGCGGACGCACAUGGCGCAGCAGAAAAGGCGCGUCAUAAUGCAGCCACGGCUGAGGCCGAGGCCGAGAAGUAUCAGGCAGAAGCCGAACAGGCGCGGGCAAAGGUCAAAAACGCGGAACGCGCGGCUGCGGCGGCCGAAACUGCAGCAGAUGAAUCGCGUCGAGCGAGUGCGCGGGCUGUGGCGGAUGCGAAGGCGGUUAGUGACCGCAAAAUUGCCCAAGCCGAGGCCGAGGCGAGUGCUGCUGUGGCGGCUGCCGAAAAGAUGAAACAGGCGGCGUCGGCGCGGGUUGCUGAGGUUGAACGCCGCCUUGCGGAGAUGCGGACCGAGGUUGACGAGGCUCGGGCAGCGGCCAAGAGGGCCACACAAGCCGAGAUGCAGGCUGCACAAAAGGCAGCCAAGGCCGAAGUUGCAGCAGUUGAGGCACGUGAGGCUGCAGAGGCAGCGGAGCGGCAGGCCGAGGCUCGGAUCGCCGAGGCGGUGCGCGAGGCUGGAGUUGUCCGCGCCCAGCGUGAUAUGGCAAUGGAUGAAGCCAAGGCUGCCGCGGCAGCAACCAAGGAGGCGGAAGAUGCAUUAGCAGAAAGCGCUGCUCGCGCCGCAGAAGCGAUUGCUGCUGCUGAGCAAAAGGCUGUGGAGGCAGCUGCAGCAGCUAAGAAUGCGCGGGACGAUGCUGUCGACACAUCGCGCGAGGCGCAGCGAAAGGUGGCAGAGUGCGAGGCUGCUGCAGCAGGCGCCUCUGCCGAAUUGCGAGCGCAGCUGCGCGAAGCUCGGCGUGCAUGCGAGGAAGCAGAGCGUGCAGCAAGUGCGGCUGAAGUGCGAGCACUCAAGAUGGUCGAGGCUGCUGAGGCUGAGGCGAACAAGGUUCGCGAGCGAGCGCAACGGCUUGUGGCCGAUGCUGAGGCUGAGAUUGCAACCAAGGCCGGUCUAGCUAAUGCCCGAGUGCAAGAUGUUACCGCCGAUGCUGAGCGCAAGGUGUCUGAUGCAGAGACGCGUGCUGACAAGCGGAUUGCUGAGGCGCAGAGUGCGGUGUUGCGCAAGGUGACGGAGGCUGAGGCUGACGUGGAGCGAAUGCGUGCUCGGCUGGAAGCUGCCGAACGCAGCGCAGCAGAUGCCAAGGCAGCAAGCGUCGAGGCCGAGCUGACGGCUGCGGCUGCACAGCGUGCUGCGGCUGCUGCAGAGAGCACUGCGAGUGAUGCGGUGGCAGAUGCAAAGAACAGGGCUAGCGCUGCUAUUGCGCGAGCUGAAGAGGCCGAAGUGCUGCUGGAUGCAGCUCGUCGCUACGCCAAGCAGGCUGUGGCCGAUGCGGAGAAAGAGAGCACGGAACACGCAGCUGCAGCUGCCAAGGCUGUGUCGGAAGCGCGGCUGGCACGACUCGCUGUCGAAGAGGCAGAGCAGCGGGCCGAAAAUGCGGUGGCGCGGGCAGAGCAAGCCGAGGCGGCACUGGCCACGGCACGCAGCGAGGCUCAAGAUGCGGCUGCCCUGGUGAAAGCAUUGACUGAUCAGGAAGUCGCUGCCAGCGCUGCCCAUGAGCGUGCGCUGACAGCUGCGAGGAACGAGUUUGAUGCUUCACUGCGUGCGGCUUCAACUGCGGCUGAGGCUGCUCAGCGCGAGGCUGAGCGACGAGUGUCGACGAUUGAGGCACAGCUGUUAGAAGCGGAGCGAAAGCUGGCGGAAGAAGUUCAGGCGAGACGCGAGGUCGAGCGGGCGCUGCGCGAUGCCGAGGAGCGCGCGCUGGAGCAAGUUGCUGCGGUUGAGCGCAAGGCGUUCAAGGCCGAGAGCCGACUGCAGCAGAGCAAAGCUGAGCUAGCCGAGUUGCAGGUCGAGCUGACCGAGGCAAAGCAGGUGGCGCAGCAAGCGAUGACUGAUGACCAGGCACGUGUGGAGCGCACGAUCGAGGAGGCCAAGUGCAAGGCAGCUGCGGCUGUCGCAGAUGCCAAGAGCACGCGUGCCGAGCUGGACGCUACCAUUGCCGAAAUCGAAGGUCUCAAGCGAGAGGCUAGCAAGGCUGAACGGACUGCGCGACAGGCGAUGGAUGAGGCCGACGACCGGGCUGCCGAGGCUGAGCGUGCGGCAGGCAAGGCUGCCGCCCAGGCUGAGCAAGCACGAGCUCAGGCUGCCGAAGCAAGGGCCGAGGUCGCGCGAGUGCUUGAGGAGAGCAAGGCCGAAGUGGCUGCUGCCCGUGCUGCUGCUGCAGUGGCGCAAGACGCGCGAGCAGCUGCCGUGGCUGAUGCGGAGCGCAUGUUGGCUGAGGCCAGAUCAGAGGCGGCGGCAGCUAGAAGUGAGGCGCAAGAGGCCAAGAACAGUGCCGAACUUGCUUUCGCUGAGGUUGAGCAGAUCCAACGCGAGGCAAAGCGGAGUGUGACUGCAGCUGAGGUGCUUGCCGAAGAGCAGAUUGCCGAGGCUCAGCGGGAAAGCGCCAAGGCGCGAACGCGGGCGCAGCAGGCCGAUGUCGAUGCUGCGGAGGCACGGCAGGAGGCAAUUGCAAGCCGCGAGGCGCUGAAGGCUGCACAGGCCGAUGCCGAGGCAGCCGUGCGCGAGGCAAAGCGUGCUGUGUCAGAGGCUCAGCAGGAGGCGGAGGAACAGUCUGCCGCGGCGCAGCGGGAGGCCGCCAAGGCGGCAGCAGCCGCCAAGCAGGCUAUGCUUGAGCGUGAUGAAGCGAAGCAUGAGACCGAGCGCGCAAUGGCGGAUGCUGAGCGCGCGGUCGCUUCGGCCAGCGAUCGCGUUGCCGAAGCGCUGGCUGCGGCCGCACGCAGCUCUGAUGAGGCGAAGGCUGCGCGCAAAGAGGCUGAGAAUGCCAGAGCGGAUGCCGAGAGCACACGGCGAGAGGCGAAGCGAGCUGUGGCCGAAGCCGAGGUCCGUGAAGAACACGUUGCUGCGGCGCAGCGCGAGGCGGCCAAGGCCGACACCCGAGCUAAGCAAGCGGAGGCCGAAGCUGAGAUGGCUCUAGCGGGUCUUGACGAGGCGCGGCGGAUGGCGGAGCUGGCCGCUGCCGAACGCGAAAGCACAGCUAGCAAGGCAAGCGCGCGCGUCCAGCAGGCUGAGGCCGCGGCGGCAAAGGCCCGACAUGAAGUCGAGCAAGCUGAGACUCUGCUUGCAGAGGCGAAGCGUGAGGUUAUCGAAGCCAAGCGAUCAGCAGCUGAAUCGGAAGCUGAGCGCGAGGCAGAGAUGGCCGCCGCAAGGCGCGAGGCAGAGAACGCACUGGCAUUGCUGCAACAGGCCGAAGCUGAGGCUGAGCAGGUCAAGGCGAAUGCGACGGCUGCUGGCCGCGAGGCAAAUGCACGGAUUGCCGCACUGCAGCGCGAGGUUGCUGAGACCAAGCAAGCUGUUGCCGAUGCUCACAUGGAGCGCGAGGCGCAAGUCUCAGCUGCGCAGCGCGAGGCAAGCAAGGCGCAAGCGCAUGCCAAGCAGGCCGAAGCCGAGGCAGCCGAGGCCCGAGUGACUGCAGAGACGCAGGUGACUGAGGCGCGACGCGAGGCUAGCGAGGCCAGGCGCGCACUGACUGAGGUCGAAACAAUGCGCGAGGUGGCCGAGGCCGAAGCGCAGCGCGAGAUCACCAAGGCCGGACUGAAAGCGAAGCAGGCUCAGGCCGAGGCAGCUGACGCCAGGGCUGAUGCCGAGAAGGCCAAGGAUGAUGCCGAGAAGAUCAAGGCUGAGGCCGAGGGCGCACGGCAGGCAGCUGAAGAGGCUGUUGCUGCCGCACGGCGUGAGGUUGUCGAGGCGAAACGGGCAGUGGUGGAGGCCGAGACCGAGCGCGACUCCAAGGUUGCGGAGGCGCAGCGCGCGGUGGCCAAGGCCGGAAUUCAGGCAAGGCAAGCCGAGGCGGAAGCCGAAGAAGCAAAGGCCGAGGCCGAGAAGGCCAAGGCUGCGGCCAAGGUCGCCAAGCGCGAUGCCGAGGAGCAGGUGGCCGAAGCACAUCGCGAGGCCAUCGAGGCCAAGCGAGCUGUAGCAAGCGCCGAUAACCAGGCCGAGGACCAAGUGGCCGGAGCGCGGCGCGAGGCCGUCAAGGCCAAGGUCUUGGCCAAGCAAGCACAAGCUGAUGCUGACGCGGCCCGAGCCGAGGCUUCCGAGGUGAAGGCUGACGCCGAUACCAAGGUCGCUGCUGCACAGCGCAAGGUGGUUGAAGCGAAGCACGAAACGGAGCAGAUGGCAGCCGAGGCACAGCGCAAGAUUGCCGAUGCUGACGCUCGGGCCAAGCAGGCCGAAGCCGAGGUGAAGCGGGCGGUGGCUGAGGCAGCCGAGGCCAAGCAGGCAACGGCUGAUGCUGAGACCCAGGCUAAGCAGGCUACUGCAGAGGCCAUCGCGGCCAAGGCCAGUGCCGAAGCGACGCAGGCUGUAGACCAGACGCUGUCUGAACAGCUGGCGCGCUUUGAGGAGCGUGCCUUAGCUGCUGAAAAGCGCGCCGGAGAGGCCGAGUCAGCAGUGGCAGCGGCGCAGGAGCUCUCAGACGGGGCAGAGGCAUGCAAGAAGCGAUGGGCCGAGGCCGAGGUGGCUCUGCGCGAGUCUGUGGCCGAGCGCGAGGCGCAGAUCACAAGUUUGACAGCCAAGGUGCAGUCACUGCUUGAACGGCUUGCAAAGCUCGAAGACGAGGCGCGAAGCGCUGUCGAGGGCGAAGACAAGGCCAAACGAGUGCUGGCUACAGCACAGGAGGCUGCCGAGCACGAGCGGGCACUGGAGGCUAAGCGCGCGGCAGCGGCGGCACAGCGAAUCCAGCAGCUCGAAACCAUGCUCGCCGACCGCAGUGCAAGCGCGGCUCAUGACAACGGCGACCUGGCCGACGAAGUGCUCAAGGCGCACAUCAGCGAGCUGGAAGCCGAAGUCGGAGAGCUUCGCGAGGUGGUCAACACGCAAAAGUCAGAGAACGCUAUGCUUGCGCAGUCGCUCUCGACCGACGCCGAGCUAAAGCGAAUGGUAGCGGUGCUGACCCGGGCGCUGGCCGAUGCGCGCGCUGAGGCCAAGGCCGAAGCCGCCAAGGCAGUGCGGCUCACAUCUGCAUUGCAUGGGCUCAACAGCCGAGUGGAGGUCAUGAUCGCUGACAACGCACGGCUUAAGGCUCGCAACGACGAGCUCGCAGCCGAGGUGGCUGACGACUCUGGCGCUCUCAAGCGGAUGGCGCACGCGCUCUCGCUCAGACUUGAAGAUGCGCUCGACGCCAAGGAGGCGGCCGAGGCCAAGCUGUUGGCGCCGUCAACGACACACGUGCUCGCGUCGAGCAGUGAGGCUGCCGCAGCGCUGGCAGAGGCGCAGAUGGAGAUGGCGGCUUUGGUCGACGAGCGCGAGGGCUUGCUGGAGCAGCUCGCCGAGCUGGAGCACAGGCAGCGCGCGGGCGGACUGGUUGACGUGCUUGUGGCACGGCUGGAGGCGAUCCAUGCGGCCACAGCUCGGCUGGCGGUGAGCGAAGGAGCGCGUGCGUGGGCAAGUGAGGCGUCCACACUCGCCGGUGAGGUGACCGGCGAGCUGGCGGCACUGACGGAGCAGGAGGCGUCACUGGCAGCUGCACACGAGGCGUUUGCGAGGCGGAGCGGGAUCAUGGAUGACGCUGCGCGGGAGCAGGUGCUGGCAAUCCUUCAGCAGGUGAGCCGUGGCGUUUAGUAAAAGAAGAAAGCUAG